AUGGCCCCGGUGCGAUGCGUGGGUCCCAUAGCGGCAGCAGAGGACGUAAAACACUGGAAGAAAAUGACCGUCUCCUCACGGAUCUGUGCCCGGUCUCAGCCUCGUCAGAGCGGCCGCAGCAGCGGCAGAGCAGGCAUCUCGCGCUCCAUCGCGUUUGGCUUCGCUCUUGGCACGGUGCUGGCUCGGUUUGGCACGGCACACACCCCCCACCCCCCUCCCCUUCCACCCGGGCUACUCUUUUGCUCACGGAUGCUCCAUAGUGGUCGUGGGCAGUGGUCGCCUGUGCUCCCGGUGAGGAUGGAGAGGCUGGCGGUGUGA